CAGGACUUAUCAGCAUGGCCACACGCGAGCUGGACGUUGAUGUGGUGGGUCUGGAGCAGUGCGUCCGCGGUCCUCUCCGCUCAACCCUGUUGCGUAUCAAAUGAUACCAGGGAUAGGUGCCCGGUUGCGGUAGACGGAUGAUGGCUCUGGGGAUAGGGACCUGCAGGAAGCUUCUAUAUCUACUCGCAAUCCCCGUGGGAUCUCGGAACUUACAAGUAUCGAGGCUCCGGUGGCAGCUCUACCUUCCUCAGUUUCCCAAGUCGGUUGCUUCACUUGGCUGGACAAGAUGGUCGCAACUCCUCUGGGACAAGAUGUUGGCUAUGGCAUUGUUGUUGGAUUGGGCUUCCUGUUUGCCCUGGGUAUGAUUCUCACAACAUUCGUACUCAAACGUUACAACUAUGAACUCCAAACCUCCGAAAUGUUCAGCACCGCCGGCCGCACUGUCAAAUCCGGGCUCGUGGCAUCCGCCGUCGUUUCUUCUUGGACGUGGGCGGCCACUCUGCUCCAAUCGAGCGCGGUCGCAUACUCGUAUGGUGUAUCCGGUCCUUUCUGGUACGCCUCUGGUGCCACAGUUCAGAUCAUUCUAUUUGCCACUAUCGCAAUCGAAUUGAAGCGUCGCGCUCCAAAUGCCCACACUUUCUUGGAGGUCAUCAAAGCUCGCUAUGGGGCUGUCACCCAUAUUGUCUUCAUGAUCUUUGGUCUUUUCACGAAUAUUCUCGUCACUUCAAUGCUGCUCACGGGCGGCUCUGCCGUCGUUACUAGCUUGACAGGUGUGCAUACAGCUGCCGCCUGUUUCCUUCUGCCUAUAGGCGUUGUUUUAUAUACGAUGUUUGGCGGAAUCAAGGCUACUUUCUUGACCGAUUAUGCCCAUACCGUCGUCAUACUCGUCAUUCUCCUCAUGUUUGCUUUUACGGCCUAUGCCACGAAUGACAACCUUGGUAGCCCCUCCAAAGUGUGGGAUCUACUCCAAGAAGCAUCGAAACGGCACCCGGUUGAGGGCAAUGCUGGAGGAUCCUACCUUACCAUGAGAAGCAAAGAGGGAGCCAUCUUCUUCGUCAUCAACAUCGUUGGCAACUUUGGCACUGUCUUCUGCGACAAUGGGUAUUACAACAAAGCGAUUGCUGCAUCGCCCGUCGACGCACUCCCGGGAUACAUCAUGGGCGGGCUCUCCUGGUUCGCUAUCCCUUGGCUGGCUGCCACCACGAUGGGUCUGGCAUGCCUCGCCCUGGAGAAUAACCCAGUCUUUCCCACGUAUCCUAAUCGUAUGAACCCAUCCGAUGUAUCGGCUGGUCUUGUUCUUCCUACUGCAGCCGUUGCCAUGCUUGGCAAAGGAGGAGCAGUGGCGACUCUUUUGCUGGUCUUUAUGGCAGUAACAUCUGCCAUGUCCGCGGAAUUGAUUGCAGUAUCUUCGAUUUUCACAUACGACUUCUACCAGACGUAUAUCAAUCCAAAAGCCACCGGAAAACAGCUGAUUGGAAUGUCGCAUGUCAUGGUCGUCGCCUUUGCCGUUGCCAUGGCUGCGUGGUCUACGGGGCUAUACUACAUCGGCAUUUCCAUGGGCUAUCUCUACCUCCUAAUGGGCGUCAUCAUCUCAUCCGCCGUACUCCCCGCCACCCUCACCCUCAUGUGGAGCAAGCAGAACUGGUACGCCGCGACCUUUACUCCACCUCUCGGAUUCGCCUGCUCCCUUAUCGCAUGGCUCGUCACAGCGAAGAAGCAGGGAGGAGAACUGACGGUCGCAACCACCGGCGCCAACAAUCCCAUGCUGGCAGGCAACGUCGUCGCUCUUCUUUCACCCUUGAUCUUCGUCCCUCUCCUGACCUACGCUUUCGGUCCGCAAAACUACGACUGGGUCUCCAUGAAACAGAUCCGGAAGGGCGACGACCACGACCUCGCCGCCGCUGCCCAUGUCGACCUCGAGCUCGUUCCAGGAGAGCGAACGCACAGCAUCACCGAAGAGCAAGCCGAGCAAGACAAGCUUUAUAAGGCAUCUCGCAUCGCGCGCUGGAUGACCGUGUUCAUGACACUCGCCUUCCUCGUCCUGUGGCCAAUGCCUAUGUAUGGCUCCGGCUACAUCUUCAGCAAGAAGUUCUUCACCGGGUGGGUCGUUGUUGGCAUGCUAUGGAUGUUCUGCUCUGCAUUUUGCGUGGGGUUGUAUCCGCUUUGGGAGGGGCGGCACACAAGUGUCAAGAUUUUCAAGAGUAUUUAUCUGGAUAUUACGGGCCGGAGGAAGCCGUCAAGGGCGCCGGUGAUUACUGAUGGGAAGGACGGCUCGGUUACGCUGACGGAGGGUGUCAGCGAGAAGGUAAUGGAGAAACAGUAGGGCUUGCUCGCGGUUAUUAUGCUUAUGUUUGUUACUGGUUGGAGGAAUUUGCUCUUUGACACCCGCGUUGAGCUUAUGAUACCUCUUGCUUUUCGUCCUCGAUAUAUGGACGUAUGGCGCUAUCUCUAAGUGUUAAUCAGAACCCUUGUUCCAUUUCCG